GAUAUAUGAAAGUUUACUAUCAAGAUGGAGGAGGUCGAUCGUAUUAUAAUCCAUUCUCUUCGCUCUAUUGGGUGGUAAGCAUCAUCCUCAUAUGGAAUUAAUUAAUUACAUAUUGCAUUUUUAAAAGAUUUAUUUAGCCAACGUUAUCAAUAAAUCAUAUUUAAAUGUUAUUCAUAAAAAUUAUAGAAACUUUUUAUCCCCCAAAGCCAAAAGGAUUAAAAACUGACCACCGCCGCCAGCCUUCGCUAGAUACUUUGGUCAAAAAUGUAAACAUUUUUUAAAAAUAAACCAAUGGCACAGUUGAAUAGAGCUAAUUUUAAACAUAAUUAUAACACCAAAAUCAUAUUUUUAGCUGUUGUAGUUUUAAAGUUAUGAAUUUUUAAAGUACGACUUGGUUUGUCAUUUUUUAACAUAGACUGCAUCUCCACAUUCUGUGACCUCAUUCCACUGAUCGCGUCAUGCGCAAUGACUAUAUAGUUUAUAUAAGGCAAUGCAUUCCCUUAUCACUAAAAUACUGUUUAGGGUCGACUUAUUUUAAACUUUCAACUUUGGCACAUGAAUAAUUAAUAAAAGCUUUCCCUGACCAAUGGUUUAAUAGCUUUUGCACACGGCAAACUCUUAUGAAUGAAACUCUGAGAUAGUACUACAACGUAGCCGUUAUGCAAGUGGCUGUGAAUGGUUGCCAAUGACAACGUGUUGCACACGGAAAAUUCUGAUCAUUUAUAUUAUGGACUCUGCAGGGUUUUUAAAGCUCAAAUUAAAACAUUUCCAGUUUAAAUGUCUUCAAAAUGCAUUCUGAAACACAAAAUAUAAAAUAUUUUGAUGUAUAUAGUGGUAAUAAUUAAAUAUUUCCUAAGUAUCGGCAACUUCCGCCAUUAAAAAGGGGGCGUGGCCCACGCCAUGUCGAAAUUAGGCUGAGCCACCUUAUGGUGAUAUGGGUCACUGUGACAAGUGUAACAAACGUGAGACACGACCUACAUCAAUGAAACUUGGCACAGAUAUAGAUCAAUAUCUAAUGCUCAUACAGAUUUAAUAAAAAAGGACCUUAUCUUAUUAUUUCACAAAAAAUUUUGUAUGCGAAGAUGCCUUAUAUAUACCAAAGAUUUUCAAAAUAAAGGUCCAUUGAAAAAAGCAAAAUAGCUGGCUAGAAAUGUAGGCCAAGAUGUCUUCCAAAUUAUAAGGCCGGAAACGGAACUCAAAUAUAUGUGGAAAGAACUAAUUUAAUAAUAAAUAGACACACACAUCGGAAAAUUAAAAACUCGGAUUUUUCGGCGCCGACAGCCAUUUCCGAUACAAAAAAAAUAGUAGUCUCCCUUGUUUCAUCGAAGUAUCUACCUUCGCUUGUGAGCUUGGCACUUGGCUUGCUGACAGUGAUUUGUUAUAGUAUAGCCCCAAAUCUCAGUGAUCAAUCCUAGAUAACAUAUCCUGAUCUUUUCAUUUAUUUAUGGUUGCCAGCUCGAAAAAAAUCAUGGCUGACACAGCUAUCGCACCCGUGGGGUUUUCACACUGAGCAGGCGCACAACUUCCUCUAAUUAUGGCAUGGCUUCUGAUGCAGAUGUUUUGUUUAUUGAUAAUUAAUAAUAAUUAUUUAAUAUUUAUUAAACUAGCACAGGAGUCAUCAACCUGUGGCUAAUGGAUUGAAUAAAUGUGGUUAUUUAAAAUUGCACUAUAAAAAGAGAUAUCAUGUACUAUACCUGAUAACCAUAAAAUAAUGUGACUUAAGACUCCUGCCUAAGAUACUUAAACUUGUCCUCCUACCUAAGCAAAGGGGCAUGACUCCAUUUUUAGGCAAUCCUCCGAAGUCCGGUCCCAAAUUAUUUCGUAUGAAAAACAUUGCAAUGCACAGUGUGUAUUGUUAGAAAACAGCAGAAAUGUGAGUCAUACCUUUUGCAAAUAACUAUCACUUUACAAACCAGGCAGUAAAUACUAAAUGUUGUCAUUGACACAUAGCAUUUGCAAAUAGCAGCUGACAACGUUCUGCUAGUGAUUGUUGCGCCAGUGAAAGGCCCCCAAGUAGCUGGCAAACAGAUCCCGACUAGCAGGCCUACCACUCUGAUAUGGGAGUUUACGUUUAGCUUGUAUCCAAAGUCCUUCAAUAGUUUCUGUGUGAAUGUCCUGAUCUACUGGAUCAACAAAUUCACGCGUCUGCACAAUGACAGCGUGAACAUAAAUCCUGUUGUUGAGCUGACCGACAUUUUGAUAUCCUCGCCAAGCGUCCGUGACGAUAGUUGUCCCUGGUAACACAUGACUAGUGAUAAUGCGCUCGAGUGUUUGUGCAUCUCGACGACCGACAAUCUCCAUCCAACAUUGUCCACUAACGCAAAUAUGAAUUUCAAAACAGAAUAAUGCCCAAGACUUUUAAGUAAGGAUUAAUCAUUGGAAAUAAUUUGGGACCGGACUUCGGAGGAUUGCCCAUUUUUAAAUGCAUAUGUCAUGUCUUAUUUUUUUUAAAUAUAUAUAAAUAUAUAUAAAACAAGCAAUGUCAUUGUUAUUUAAAUUUGUAUUACAUAUAAAAAUGACUGAGAUGAUAUAAUCAUGAUAAAAAUAUCGUUAUUAAGAGAAUAACCUUUUAAUUGUAAUAUCUCAAUAUCUGAAUUUGACUUUGACUAUGGGUCACCGUAGCCUGCUUCUAUUAUUAUCUACUGAUGUGUAAAAGUAUUGAUAUUUAUAGUUUGUUUCAGAUAUAUCUUUAACUAUAAAAUCAUCACUAAUAAUUUGUAGAUUAAUUUCAAUAAUUCUACAAUGAUUUGGUCGAUUGUUUCAUCAUCUAAUUUUGCUUGUCUUGUAACUAGUAAGCUCAGGGGCUUGUCCUAAAUGAGCUUGGAAAGCCAUGCUGAAUUUUGAAGUCUCAUAACUUUUUAACGAAAGAAGAUAAAAACUUAAAGAUUUUUCUUUUAAAAAUAGCUUUCAUUGCAAGUGCAACAGUAAAUUUUAGGAGAUGAAUAUAUGGUACUAUAGUUGCUAGGCGGCCUUAAAGUAUUGUAUUUAACUAUUCACCUGCUAUGCCAUCAUCAGGCUUUGUAUGCAGGUGCUGAUGGGAAUUAGGGAAGCCAAAGCAGGCAUUUAUGGCAGGAGAGGGUUAAACAUUGUUGCAUGUUUGUGGUGGGAAUAGGGUAUAUUGCAGUCCCUGUACUAUGAAUAGGUUACUGACUUAAUUAAUUAAGAUCAAGUGAGGAUAUUAUCCACAUUUAUUAAUAGAUCUACCACCCAUAUCUUUUCUUAAAUAGCCAUUAUUCUUUUAAUCCUUUUUUGUUUUGACCACUCCAUUAAAUCAAACUUGGGCUAGCAUUAUUAUUACUAAUAUUUGCGAUAUUCUGGUGGUAACACAUGUUCAGUGAUAAAAGUAUUACCAUAUUGUGCCUGUAUAUUAUCAGCAGACAAUAUACAAUGACCUUUAACUUUGUUGUCUAGUGAGUACCACGUGGUCACAGAAAUCUCUUUUUUUUUUUUUAGAUCGGGACAUUUACCCAGCGAAAAAUUGCUGUAGCAAUAAUCCACAGUGUGAACAUACCUUUACAGAAUUUACAGGAACUGCAUAGACUAGACUAGAGUUGGCUCAGAUUGAUAUUUUUUGUCCAGGGAUUUAAAAAAAAAUUAUUUAAGACAAUUUUAUGAUGUUGUAACAUCUGAAGUCUGAGAAGACAACUCAAUCAGAUUUUAUUUUUUACCAGGAAUAUGUGCAGAUGAUAUUGUAUCUUUCAUAAAUAGAUUUUUAACCUAGGCCAGAGGUUUCAAUUAUUUACAAGUAAUAGUUCCUCAAAUCUAUGCUCGUGAUGUUUGCAUGCCCCAAAAAAUAGGGGGUAGCAGUAAAUUUGAUAAAGAAAAUAUAUAGUUUUUACUAUUAUUUUUUAUUUCACUUUUUAAAAAAACAAAUACCAGUUAAUGAAAUUAUUACACCAAAUAGCAAUAGAUGCUGUCAACCCAUCAGUGAGUCUUCACCCAAUGCCAAUAGCCCAACAUUUCUUUUAAUUCGCCAAUGUAAAAAAAAUGCACGUGUACAGCAUGCCUGCCCCUAUUUUGUUCUGAUUUUUAAAAAAAAUUUAAUACAAAUUACCGGUACUGGUAUUGAUCUCAAAUAUUAACUAAAAAUCAAAGAUUUAUUUAAAGACAACCAUGUCAAGAGCACCUAUAUUUCCACUUGCAUUUCUUCUUUUGCUCUCCAAUUAAGUGUAAAAUGAUGCAAAACUAAAUUUAGACAUGGGUCACAAUGCAUCACAGCAUUUUGAAUUUAUAAAAAAAUUUAUUGUGUCAAAUAAAGUAAAAAUAGAUCUAACUUUAAGUGAAAGAGAAUUUUUUUAUGUGUGCCAAUACCUUUAGGUUUAUUGGCCUGUUAUUUUUUUUACAUAGACUGGUUACUGUCUUAAAAAUUAAAAACCAUAAUGGUAAAAUUUGACAAUAUUUGAAUAUUUUCAGUGAUUUGGAAGAUGAUGUUCAAAGUUUGCGUCAGUUCGGAACUGAAAUUAUCAUUGCUUCAGUGGUGCAAUGUCUCAAAGUCAUCAUUGGGGAUAUUGAUCUACCAUCUACUCUCCCUCCAGGAAUGUCAGCCAGAUUCAGACUUGGCGCUAGUCUUGCCAACAAUGUGCAGGUGAUUUCCUUUCUAGCCUGCAGAUACAAAGACACCAACUCAAAAGUGCAAAGAAGCUUGAUUAAAGAGAAAGCAAAGUGAAAAACACUUUGACUUAAAAGCCUUCUUCAGCAUGUAAAACAAAUCUUUUCUAAUUCUACAUAAUAUGCUACUGACGUAUGAAAGACAUUUUUAUAUUAGAUUAAAACCAGCCAGUGUUGUUGCAUGCUGAGUGCAAAAAUUAAAAUAUCUUCACCAAAUUGCACUAAAAUAUGUUCCUUUUUUUCCAUACUUGAAAAAGAAUUGAUUCCCCUCAGAUCAAUAAUGAGUUCUAGCUAAGCAUAGCAGCCAGUGCGAGGGGAGUGCAGUUUCCUAAUAUUUAUAAAUACUUUUAUCAUAAAAUCUUGAUUAAAAUAUGCAAAUAAAUGGUCAAACAAAAUAUGUUUAGGCUUGAAAAAACUAUAACAAUUAAAUUGACUUUUGCCUUCUUCAGCAGACAAUACAAAACAAGAAACAAAAAAUUAUUUGAAAUUAAAAACUUAAAUGUUCCCAGAUCAUUAUGUAGCUCUCAGUCUCUUUGUAGAAACAAAGGUGCACUAUAAAAACAGAACUUGUUCAAAAUCAAAACGUGCUUCUCACAUAAUUCUUUGGUGCAUACUGCAUAGGUAAAAGAAUUUUAAGUAUUAUUAAUGUAAAAGUAAUAUUUUAAACUGUAAAAAAUUAGAAUAGAAAUGGAGACGAAUUGAGGACAACUAGUUAGAGAGUAUUUGAUUGAUUACAUAUGUCGAUAUGGUGCCGAAAAUCUGAAUUAAUUUGUUUUUAUUCUUCACUCUUGUUGGUGUAUUAUUAAAAGGAAUUAAAUCAGACGUGCCUCUGUGUUCACCUCUGUUGAAUUGGAUGAGACUGGGGAUGGCUUCUUUUUUUUGAAUAUCUCAAAGAUGUUCACUGAACAUAUCAGAUUUCCUUUUUCCCAUCUCACCUAUGGGACAGAAGCGGCAUCUUCAGCAAACAAUCAUAUAAAUCACAUCACGGCUGAUACAUUCAAUCCUGUACUUAAAUAUAUUUGAUUUUGGGGCCAAUUAAAUAAAAUAACAUAGUCACAUACUGUGGAAGUAUAUAUUGUUUCAUUUUAAAAUGAAGAUAGUGGCCAUUAUUUAUACUCCAGUUUGUUGCUUUUUUUUUUUGAUCCCUCAUUAAUAUUUAAUUUUAAAAAAUACUAAAGCUAAACAUCUAAAUUAUUAAUCAUUUUGUUAAUUAUUGAUUUUGCCUCAUUUAUUAUCAUUGAAGAACAUGUAUAUUGAUUGUAUAUUUGUCUAAUAAUUACUAAUAGUAUACAGUAUGCAAUCAUAUUCUUUAUUUUGGAGAACAAAAAAAGUCUACCUUAAAAUGUUAAACUGUAAAUUAAAAUCAAUUUAUUUUAAUUUUAGGAUUUGGGAUACAAGGGAGGAGACUUGGGCUAUCAAACUUUUCUGUACUCCAAUGAAACAGAAAUCAGAAAGAUUUUUAUGUUUUUGGUUGAAAAACUUCCUAAAGAGUCUUCCCAAGCAGCAGACGAGCCUAUGGGUAAGUUUAGCACUCAGUGUGUCCAAUAGAAGCUGUUUGCUUUUUCUAUCAGAAAUCUUCCAAAAACAUUGUCUCAUUACGUCCUUAAAUUUUUAAUAUUUCCUGUAAAUAUUUUAAAGUGUAAGCAUUUGAAUGUUCAUAACAUAUAAGGGUAAAUACAAUUAGGGGUUUAUUUUUAUUUAGAUUUUUAUUUAGAUUUUACUGCUCAUUAAAUAUUAUAGGCUACACAUAUGUUAUGUCAAAGUCUAACUUUAUAGUUUUUUCAUAUUAAAAUGUGUUCAUUUAUAUAAUAUAAUAUAUUCUCAGGAGCCUCAGUUCUUCUUCUAAGAGCGAUAUCAACAGAACUGAGUCAUCAGCUUUCUCUGGCAUGGUCUCCACCAUUUUUAAAAGACAGAGGCAUUCGAAUACGCUCUAAAGCCCCAGGUUGGCAACGAGAGGUAGGCUAAUGCAGAAAUAUUUUGAUUUUCAUAAUCUGCUGGGAUUCUCUACUUUUCUAUGAUAACAAUAUUUUAAUAAACUCAAAAGUAUGGUUUUUUUUGUUGUUUUUUUUAAUAUACAUAUAGCAAGUAACAAGUGGGGAAAUCCUCAAAACUGAGUGGUUUCUGUUUAUUUUUUAAUAUUAUUUUUUUUAAUUUGAGAUUUACAAAUGCAAUAAAUCUGUUGUAAAACUUGCUUGAUUUUGAAAACCUACACAUAAACCUUCCUGUCCACUGCUAAGAAUGAAUCUUGAUUUAAAGCAUCAGAAUAUUCAGCUGGCAAUAAAAUCCUCUUUUCAGGGAGCCUGCUGCCUUCAACAUUAUCGCAGCUGUCACAUCUCUACUCCACACUCUUUAGGAAAUAUCUCUACUAAAAUUCCAAAAGGUAUUUUCUUAAAACACCAUUGUCAUGGACAAUUAAUAAACACUAAUUAAACUGAGGCUGAUCAUUUUUAUCUGUCUCUAAUUUACUUAUCUUUUUCAUUUAAUUACUUAGGUGUUAGCAUUAAUAAGAAGCUAAGCUGGCAUGAGCACUGCCAAAUGCUGUGUAAGAAAUUCAAUCAAAGACUGUUUUACCUCAAAAAACUGUACAAUUUUGGUGUAAACAAACAAGUCGUUAACUUAUUCUACAGUGCAACAAUUGGAAGCCUACUUAAUUUCAGUAUUAUUGUCUGGUGCUGGUAUUCAUCGUCUGAUAUUGAACACUGAAUAAACGGACUAAUCAAGAAAGCUAGGAACAUAACACAACUAAACAUCCUUCAUUCGAAGAACUAUUUGAAGAAAGAUGUUGUUGUAAAACUAAACGAAUUUUGGAUGAUACAUCCCAUCCUCUUCAUCAUAGAUAGUUCGGAUCGACCCGUUCGGGAUGAAUUCUUUCUCUCAGGGCGAGGACUGAAAGAUAUAAAAAUUCUUUUGUUCCCCAAUCUGUACCAAUUUACCAGCGUACUCCCCAUUAAGUCACACAUCUUAAUGAGAACUAAUAAGUCCCUGAUAUGGCUAAGAAAAUCACUGAAUGGCUGUUUUUUUCACUAGUGAAAUAAUUAAUGUAGAUGUCAUGUGUUCAAAUUGUUUUAUUUAUGUGCUGAAAAAUUCAGAAAAUGCACAAUGCAAUAAAAAAAACAUUUCCAUUUGUUUGGAUCAAAAAAAGAAUCUUAUCUUAUCUUAUAAACAUUUUAUAUUUUUCUCCGCCUAAGACUGAGAAUUUUAAAUAGGGAUAAUCUUGGAAUAAAAUAAAAACAUUAUUUUUUUUUUCCCCAUGAUCAUUUGAAUUCAGAGCUCAGUUCUUAUUACAAGACACAUAUGCCUUUUGUUACGAAUCAAACCCAGCUACACAGAGACACAGCACCCUCCAUUAUGGAAACCAAUGCUUUAGAAAUCGCUACACAACAGGACUGGGAAAAUGAAUGGAACCAAAUCGGACUUGCUUCCAGAUUAUCACAGCAGGUUGGCAACUGAUAAAAACUAUUUAUAGUAUCCAUGAAUUAUAUAAUUAUACAGUGUAAAGAAACAAGAGCUUCUGCGUGGCAUUGAACAGAUUUUUUUUUUGUGCGAAAUCAAGUUUACUUUUUUUUAUUCACCUUCAUUAAUGUUAUAUUGAAAAAUUAAAAAGAUCCAGUCAAUAUUACAUUAUGAUUAUGACAUUUAAAUAUGACAAUUAACUGUGAGCGUGCAGUAUUCCAAAAUAGAAAUGGAAACAGCUACAAAAAAAAACUCAGUCUCAUUAUUUCAACAUUACAAAAACAGUAGUAAUUAAGCAGUUAAACCUAAAAACAAUUUGAUUUUUGUUUCAAAGCCUGUGGCAAAUAAUUUUGUUUGGUUAACAUUCUUUUGAAUCCUGAUGCUUUUAAGUCUUGUAAAUCUUAUACAUACCACUCUAUCAGUGUCAUAAAUUAUAACCAGCUUGUUUUAAUUGUAUUAUGAAUGUAUGAUUUUCUUCUGAAUGUGUGUUACAUUACUUACCUUAUAUUUAGGAGUUUAAGAGACGAAAACAGGAGAGAUUACUAAAAAUGAUAAAAGAUCGGCUACAGCAGGAUAGUCAGCGACAAGAUAGAGGGGAAGGUCAUGCUGCAUCCAGCGACCUGCAGCAAAUUCUCAAUACUAUUGAAACGCAGAGCAAAGCAGGAGUUAUCAAGACAAAAGGUUCUCGGUUCGCUCACACUGAGAAAUUACAAUAUGCUAAGGUGAUUUAGAUAUUGGUCUAUUUAUGAGCUCACUUUUAUUAAGUUGAGAAUAUCCAAAUUGAAAUAUCAUACCUUAAACUUACAUCAAUUAUUUGCUGUCAAUAUAUGAGUGCAUACCUCAAUAUGUUAUAAUUUUUAUAGGACGAAGAAAAAACUAUGUCGCAAGUGGGUCUAGCAGUCCCUGCAAAAGACACAGAAGAGGUACUGUUUUUUUUCUAAAUUCAUUUUUUAACAAUGAUAGUAAUAAUCUUUAUGAAUUCAAGCAUUUUUAGCAAUAAUCUUUAUUGCAAAAAUCUUAUACUUCCUUAGUGUUUCAAAUUGCAUGGUUCAUUAUGCGAAUUCAAUGACAAUGAAGUAUAAAACAAGAAUAAUAAUUGAUUUUUAAAGCUCAUUAGUCAAUCUGCAUUUCAAAGGAACUUGAAAAGAAGAGACAGGAAGAGAUUGAGGGUUUGCGAUCAGAGCUUCUAAAUUUGACUGCUCAACUUGAAAAGCUAGACAUAGAAGUGAAGAAAUUUUCAGCCAACAGACAGCAGAUGGAAGAAGUCAUUUCCACUGAAGCUAAGAACUCUGAAGAAAAGAAUGCCUCUUAUCUUGUGAAAAAGAGAACACUGGACUUGCUGCCUGAAGCAGAGGCUAAUAUUGGAAAGCUACAGGUAAUGAGUGAUUUUGGUAUGGCACUGAUCAUCAGAAACCAGUAUUUAAACUUAUCUCAGCAAAGUUAGCAACAUGUUCUCUAAUAUUUAAUACUGCUUACAAAAAAUUAUGUUACACAUUAUUGUUAAUAAUAAAAAAGUAAAUUCAAAUCUGUUCAUUCAAUCUUUAACUAUCUUAUACAGUAAACUACACUAAUUAUUGGAGCUUUUUAUUAAUUUAAUUGCAUGUUAAUUAAAUUUAGAAUUUUAACCUAAUUAUAAAACGUAUAAAUUCGUUUAACUCUCAAAAGACGAGAGAUUGAAAAAUCUGUCAUAUAUGGCGGGUGAAAAAAACGACCCCUAAAAUAUAUAUAAAAAUAAUAUUAAAAGGCGAAAAUAAAGAUUUACUAUUUUGGAAUGUUAAAUUUCUCUUUGGCAAUAAAGAAAAAUCGUUUAUACGACUAGUUCUUGAAGAAAUCUGGUAGCAGCAUGUCCAUUUAUAAAUUUUCCUUUUCGCCAUUUACUCAUAUUUUGCUACAAUUCCGGUUCACUGUUACUACACACUAAAACAUUGCUAAAACAUUGCUUCUUAUUAAAAGCUUGAAAUGGACAAUUAUUCUUACUUAGAGGAAUAUUUUUGAUGAAGAUAGCACUUCAGAUGUGUCUGAUAUCGAGAAUUCUGUAAAUUAUCAUCAUAAUAAUAGUAACAAGGUUUGUUUACUUUUUUCAUUCAUACUCAAAACACGCAUACUGUGAUACUUUCUUAGCACUAUUAUUAGCCCUAACAUUAGUUUUAUUCAAAUUCCAGUAGUAUCAAAUACUUAAAUAGAUUAAAUUAUUUAUUUGUUUUAAUUGAAACUAAUUUGUAGUUAUAAAAUUAUGUUAAUAUUAUUACGUUUCAGUUAUCAAAAUGUAAACAAUGCCAUACAAGGCCAAGGCUAUUAUGUAACAAUCAGCUGUGUUCCCUUUUCAAUGAAAAGUUGAAGUAAAAGUAAUUUAGUCAGAUUGUUGAAUAUUUAUAAAUCGUUUUAUUUAUAUUGUUAUUUUUUUUAAUUUAGCUUAACUAAAAUUUUGUUUGUUUUUAUAUUUUGACAGCAUCUAUGAAGGGCAGAUGUCAAACAUAGUCAAUACAAUGGGUUAUGAUGACAAAAGACUGUGGGACUCUUUGCUGCAUUUAGACCAGAGGUACAAAGCAUUAUUGCUUCCUGAUGUUAAAACAAGAGAGGAUAUAAAGAGAAUUCAAAAGCAAAUAGACAUUUUUAAUCUCUACUUUACUACAGAUUUGUUUGGUUAUUAGUAAUCAGUGUGCGCAGGACAAUGGGCCGCAGAAAUUUUGUGUUUUCAAAAAUUGGUACCAUUAUAACAUCAUUGAAGGGAAGUUUAAGCUACUAAGUGGAUUUAUUAUGAAUGCAGGACUUAUCAAGCUCUUAAUUUUACAAGAAAUGUCCAGGAUAUCCUUUUAUGAUGGACAAUGAGCAAGGCCAUUAGUACUAAGGACAUAUCGGUAUUCAAGGCUAUAUUGAGUUUCCUAAAAGUUUCUGAUACUGAAAAUAAAGGAAAAUGCUGUGCAAAAUUGGGAGACCCUUAUGUAUCUCCACGCAAAAUACAAUGAACUGUAUCAGCAUCAAGAAAAUGUAGCAAUUAAUGAACAAUUUAGGGAACAAAUGACAUCUUUGAUGUUGGACCCGUUACUGUAAAGCCCGAAAUCUUUACAUCGUGCGCCGUGACAUGACAAUAACAAAAAAUGUAAUUGUGUGUUACCAAAACAGGGUAAAAUGGUCAGAGCAUAUGUCACAGGCUUUAUUUUUGAUACAUUUGUUAUGUUUUAAUAAAUAAAGAAAUUGUUUUCAAGAAUUUUAUAUGUAUGGUCUUGGCGAAGGAUUACAUCAUUUGAUCAGUAUCUCGGGGAUGCAUAAAAAAGGUUUAUUUAUUAAAAUGUGCUUUUUUUUAAUUAACUUUUCUUCUAAAAUAAUACUUAAUAAUAAUCCUCUAAGGCAGCGGUUCUCAACCUGUGGGUCGCGACCCCUUUGGGGGUCCUGGGACCCUUUUCCAGGGGUCUCCUAAGACCGUCUGAAAACAUAUCCUUACACCUAUGACGUUACAACGAAAAUAAUUGUGUGGCUGGGGUUCGCCACGACACGAGAAACUGUGUUAAAGGGUCGUGGCACUAAAAAGGUUGAGAACCACUGCUCUAAGGGGUAAUAUGAUGCAGUAUAUGUUUUCCUUUGAAAAAAAAUUAAUUAUUAUUUUUUGAAAAUAAUUUUGACUUUUUCUUGCAAUAUUUCCUUGAAUGAUAUGUUGCCUAAAAAAAGUCAUAACUUUUUUAUUUAUGAGUCUAUUCUUUUGAAAUUUGAAUAUGUUUUGCAGUAUUGAACAGAUUCUAAUAAAAUAUCAAUUUUAUUGAUAUAUUUGGACACACUUUUUUUUUCCUUAAUUGUAAAAAUGUUAUGUUAUGUUUUUGUCGACUUAAAAAUAUUUUUUUUUGCCCAAAAUUAAUAAAAAAUCAAAUUUAGCAAGGAUAUUUUGAACAAACACCAAAUAUCAAUUAAAGAGCAUCCAAUUACCUUUAAAAUUAUAUAUAAUACUUGUAGUUAGCUACAAAAUUACAGCCAUGAGACUCAGUGAAGAAUAAGAUAUAUUCAAGGUCAUUAAAAAUUGUAAAAAUUUAGUCUUUUGAGAGUUAAACCACUUUUUCAGUCCGUUGUUGACACAAGUGCACAGCGUCUACUUAACCUUGCCAAGCAAUGGGAGACACACAGGAUUCCACUUAUAGAACAGUACAGAGAGUUAAGACAACUAAACUCUAAAAGAGAGGUAAUUUUUAUAAAUAUAUUUAAAAGACUAUCCUUUCGUUUUAAAAAGUUUCAGAAGAUUAUUUUGGCAUCUGACAUAAAUGAAAAAAAAUUAUAAACAAUUUGUAGUAUGUUUUUUAAACUAGGUAAUAAUAUUUUUUUAAUUCUUAUUUUCUUGGUCAUUUGAAGAAAAACAUAAUAUGUUUCUAGGAUAUUACCAUAAGCUUAAUAGUUUAUUUCAAAUUUGCUUUUUUUCUUUUCUUUCAGUCUGAAGCUCAGAAGAAGCUAGAAGAAAUUAAACUAUUUAGAGUAAAAAUGAAAGAGACGGCUGAUGAUGCCAGACGCAAAGAUGAGCUGCAAAAACAAUUAGUAAGUGUACUUUGCCUUGUUUUUACAUUUUUAUUACUUAUUAUCAAACUUUUAUGUUGCAAAUUUGAACAUUAAAAAUUUUGAAUGCAAUUUCCUCUUUUGAAAUUAUAUAUUCAUAAAAUGUUUCACAUCACAGGUAUCAGAAUAUGAGCGAAUGACAAAAGAUGUAAACAGAUCAGCUUACACAAGGAAAAUUUUGGAAAUUGUCGCCAACAUUAAAAAACAGAAACAAGAAAUUGAUAAGGUUAGUUUUUUUCUCUAAAGUAAAUUACAAGGGUGUUUGUGAAGCUUGAUGGGAAAGAAAUAAUUACAGCCAUUAGGUAAAAAUUCAUAGCACCACCAGCAUUGCCACUGAAAUUAAGGUCGGUGAGGAAAGAUUAGAGACAGUAGGCAGCUUCAAGUACCUAAGAGCAAUAGUCUCGGAAGAAGGCUCCAAGCCCGAAUUGAUGUCCAGGAUUGCCCAGACAACAGCACUAAAGAGGCUUAAGAAAAUAUGGAACGACAAAAAUGUAGCCCCCGUACCAAAAUCAGGCUGAUGUGCUCAUUAAUCCUCUCCAUUUUCUUGUAUGCCUGUGAGUCCUGGACAUUAACAGCAGAACUUGAAAGAAAAAUAAAGGCGAUGGAGAUGAGAUGUUUCAGAAGCAUUCUUGGCAUCUGCCAUAGAGACCAUAAUCUCCAAUGAACAAGUGAAAGAAAGGAUUCGUCAAGCAAUUGGGCAGUAUGAUGAUCUCCUGGUGACUGUGAAAAAGCGCAAACUGGAAUGCUAUGGCCACGUGACAAGAAAACAUGGGCUUGCCAAAGAAAUCAUGCAGGGCACAACGAGAGGAGGGAGAAGAAGAGGAAAACAGAGAAAAAGAUAGGAAGAUAAUAUCAAAGAGUGGGCGGGACUAAAACUAGGCGAUGCUGUGCGAAUUGCAGAAAACAGAGAGGAAUGGAGAAGGAUAGUUUUCAUGUCAUCUGUGGCGCCCCAACGGUCAAAGGACUAAGGGACACGAUGAUGAUGAUGAGGUAAAAUUCACAAUUUUAUCAGCUGAGAUUCCAGAUGAGAAUGCAGCCUAGACAAGAAAUAAAACUACCAUUUUCGUUCUGUGCAAGCUACAGUGAUUAAUUAUCUAAAUUGGUAGUGUUCAUAAUUAAUAAUACAUGUCUUGUUUUCAGUGUUUAUCAGUACCUGGCCCCUACAGUUUUAACAUUAUUUUUUGCGUUUGUUUCGUAAAUAAAUAUUUCACACAAUGUGUGCUUCAUAUUGCUGUGGAGAAUUAAUAUAACUUUAUAUGAUUUUCAGAUAUUACUGGACACAAAGAGUGUGCAGAAAGAGAUAAAUUCUUUGUCAGGGAAAUUGGACCGGACCUUUACUGUAACAGAUGAGCUAAUUUUCAAAGUAAGCCAAAAUUAUUCAGCUACAUUUAAAAAGAUUAAAGUUACAACUAUGGUUGUUAAAAGUGCUUUGAUAUACAGCAAUAUAUAAUUUAAUGAAAAUGUCAACUGAACUAUCUUAUUUCUUCAAGUGUAAUAGUGCAUGGUUUUACAAGAAGCCACAAAUUUUAACAUCAAUAAUAAAAAAUAUCCUCUUCUUGAAAUGUUUUUUCUCAGGAUGCUAAAAAAGAUGAGGCAGUGAAAAAAGCUUAUAGAUUUUUAGCAGCACUUCAUGAGGUGAGCAAAUUGUGUCAUUGUGGAGCAGGUGUCAAUUUACAUCAGCUUUUUUUUUCCUAGAGGAUAUUUUUAUGCUGUAAGGGUGAUGUUUUAGAUUUAUUAUUUUAAAUUUGAAAUUUAAAACAUUCUGUCAUCAGAAUUUUGAGCAACUUAUACAAACAGUUGAAGAUACAGGAGUUGUGAUGAGAGAAAUAAAGGAUUUAGAGGAACAGGUAUGUAACAGGCCUUGAAUUUCCAUUAGAAUAUUCUCAAAUUUAGAUGCAACAUUAAAACUGUGUAAAAAUACAAUUGACUUUUAUCCUCAUAAUGUGUGAGUAUGCUUUUGAUUAAUUUCAAAUUAAUGCCAAGGCACAAUCUAAGCCUAGUGCAGUCUCCACACCAUAAAAAAAAAUAUAAUGCUUGUUGUCCUUUUGUGUUUACACUGAUGACCCAUCACAACAAAAGAAACGAAAAUCCACCCACGAAAAAAGAGACAAGCAAACAUAUAUCUUGUCUAGAGACUUGCCAGUACAAAUUUGAAAAUAUCCUACAAAAACCAUCUAGAUUUAUAACUACCACCUGGGUAGCAUCUGUUAUCACAAACGUGGAUUAAUCAGUCAAAAAAAGUGGAUGAUGAUUAAUCUACAUAAUGGCCUAUACUAUUACCUUAGCAUAAAUACUGAUUAUCAAAAAUUAAUUAGUUCAACCCAGCUCUAUAGUAUUGUUUAAUUUAUAUUGAUUUGCUUAUAUAAAAGUCUUAUCAUCACAGAUACAUAAACAGUUUAAAUCAUAAUGCUUAACAUUUUAUUUUAUACACAGAUUGAAGUGGAGAGCAACAAAAAAGUAUUAAGCAAUUUGGAAAAGAUAACAGAAGACUUGCAACAGAUGAAGAAAGAAAAUGCAACUUUGAUUGCCAAAGUUAAAGGAAAAUGAUAAUUAAUAUAUUUUUACUUCAUGCGCCUGAUAUACUUAAAAAACAUAAAUAUGAAAGCUGCAGUUCUGCUUGAAUUAACUUGGUUAAUGUUUGUUAUCUGUCAUGCGAAAAAAAUUUAAUAUCUUUAAUAAAAUUCUAAAAAUCCUAAGGAAAUAUACCUUUACAAUAUUUAUUUUACUAGGAAAUAAAAUUGAAAGUCCCCCACCCCCUCCCCUCCCCCAAAUGAAAGGUAUGUAUUUGUUAGCUUCCUAAAUUUGAGCUUCAUACUUUCUCCAAAUGCAAAAUGAAUGCAGGAAGGAUUGAUUUUUUGACAACUUUUACUAUGAUAUUACAAGAUUUUCUCAUUAACUGAUUAUUUCUUGUGUGAUACAAAAUAGGUGUUAGCAGAUAAGGGAGAGUUCAAAAUUGUCAACCUCAUUGUGCAUUAUGAAAGACUUUUAUUUGAUAUUUUAAAAAUCACAUAUGUACCUGUCAAUGAAUAUGUUUAAAAACACAUUAUAAGCUUAUAAUUAUUCCCACAUUUAGUCCUUAUAUAUUGUCCCAAAUUCUCAUUUUCAUGCCACUGUCAUGCAAGUGUCCCUAACUCCUUCUUGCUAUCAGUAUAUCAUAACACUAAUAUUCUUUAUCUCCCUGUCAGCUGUUGAUUUAUUCGGAUAAAUUAUCUCAAGGUGGAUGUCCCAGUACUUGUUCAUUAGUGCAAUACACUUUUGUUGAAAAGUAUCAUUAUUUUUGUUAAAUGUUAACUGCAUUUCAUUGCAGGAUAGUUUAAUGCAUCGAAUCAAUGUUUUCUUUUUGUCUUGUCUCUUCCAUUAAUGAGAACAAAUCUUUCAGUAACUUAAUUUAUUUCAUAUUAUAAACCGUGUACUUUUAAAAUGCUCAUAAUAAUAAUGGCAUGAAUCAUAAAAAGGUUUCUAAGGUUAAAUGAAGGCAAAGUAAGUAUUCCGAAUGUAUAUCUUUGGAUUGAAAUGUGUUUGAGUAAUUGAACAGCAAUCAGUUUACAGUUAUUCUUAUCUGUCCACCAUUGACAGUCUGAAUUUGCUAUGCACUGGCACCUCUAAGUAAUUUAGUCACAUUUAAAGGUGGGUUCCAUAUGUAAUGGCUGUCAAUUAUAUGUUUUUGUUUGUCUUCCAUUUUUAAAGAAAUGAAUAUUUAAAACAAGGUGCUCUACACAACAUUGCUAUAAAGAUUGUGACACUCAGAAUUAAAAGUUAAUUACAUUUUUUUGUUUUUUUUCACUGUUAGGUAGGUCAUGAUUAAAUUAUGUAAUGACCAAUGGACCAUUCCUAUGGAAUAAAAAUAUUGAUGAGAUUUAGUAGGGUUUCUUUUUAUAAGUUUUUUGUGUGCUUUAAAAAAUAAUAUUAAAGUGUUAUUAAUGUU